AUGAAUGACACUCCAGCUCACGUUGAUACCGGAGCAAUACCAACCCGGAAUGCUAAUUUUACUUUAAAAAUCAGUGUCACUUUUCAGCCAGCUUUUAAUAACCUGAGCUCAUCUCAAUCAUUAGAAUUCAUCAAGACGUUAGAAAAUGAGCUUGAAGUCCUUUGCAGAGAAGCAGAUCCACAAACCUUCAAAAAAGUUCAAGUCAUCAAGUUAGCAAAAGGAAGUGUUGUUGUGGAGAGUCUGGCAGAGUACAGCUAUCCAAACAAUGAAAGCCAAAUCCAGUUUGUCAACAAUCAGCUUGAUGGGGUGUUGACUGAUAUCUUGAAUGACACAAGUAACCUCAAUAAGAUUUCUAAGGCCUUUAAUAAUUCACCUGUGCAGUUAAAUAGAGUCACUUUCAAGCCACCUAAUAUUACAAAUAUCAAAGAUCUGGAGCCUUUCAUAAACUGCUCUCAGUUUGCUAAUUACACAGCGGAGAUUGUUAAUGGUCAAUGGCAGUGUGUUGGACCGUGCAAAACAAACCCUGAUUACUGUCAACAUGGACAAUGUUUCAAUGACAUUAACAAAGGACCAAUCUGUAUAAACCAGUACGACCCAGGUGCCAAUAACAAGCCAGGAAACAUCUACAACUAUUUUGUCUUCAUCAACAGAGACGCCAUCUACAUCUGCUACUACUGUGACACAAAAACUUACAUCUAUGUUCACAGAAUCAACUUCAUUGCUCACCACCAAUAA